AUGACCGUCAUCACUAUGCCCACGGCCGAGAAAAAGUCGGACAACGUGCCGCUGGUCACCAACAUCGAGAUCGACUCUACUGCCCAGGAUAAAGACGUGGAAUCAGGAAAUGGUGCACAUAACCGCCCUGUCAGAUCUAAAUUUUUGGUGCUCAGAGUCAUUAAUGAUCGUGUUUAUUCUAUGUGGGCAUUAAUUUAUGUAUUGCUGAUGUCAUUAGUAAUUACAUUCAUGAUGCUCUAUGGAGAACAUAUUUAUAGAGCUAUUGGAAAUGCAUUUAAUGACGAGAACGAUGCUUUCUAUGGUACUGGCACUAUUGCUUUAAAUGAUAAGUUAACUCUUCCUAUUCAAGAUAUAAACAAUGAUUAUGAAAUGAACCAAUUAAAAAAUGAUAUGGAAUUCAAGAAUCUUGAGAAUUUUGCUUUGCAUAUGGAAAAUUUGAACAACCGAAUGGUGAGCCCUGAAGAAGUCAUUUCACAAUUUAAAGAAGAUUUUGAACUUGACCUUAAGGAUGAAAGUUAUGAAAAAAUUCUUCCCAUUCUACCACUCGCUAACUCUGCUCGUUUUAUUCAUGAUUUUAGUGCGAAUGUCACUGGUAUUGUAGAUAUUGAAGGAAAGCGUUGUUUCAUUAUGCCAUUGAACCGCAGUGCAGUAUUGCCACCACAAUCCUUAUACGAUUUAUUGUUUAAAAUGUCAAGUGGUUAUUACGCCGUUGACACCAACAAUGUGAUGCACAAUAUGCGUGUGGUCAAACCAGCUAUUCAGGAUCUCACAGAAUAUGGCAUUUACAUUGCUAAGGAUUGUGCAGGUUUUCCAACUUAUAAACUAGAAAAAUCGUUUCUGGAGUUGUUCAAACGGAGUGUUUCGACAAACUCGAAAACUUUCUCUGCGUUUUCGGGACAAAUGGACACAUUCCGCAUAGUCAACUAUCAAGACAUCGAUUUGCAGUAA